AGACUGUUUCCUGUAUUGGAGCCCAAAGUGGUUAAUGUGGAAUCACGACAGUUUCCUGUAACAGUUCACUUCGAGAAACGUACACCGGACGAUUAUAUGAUGGCUACUUUUAGAAAGGUGUGCCGAAUACAUGAAGCUCUCCCUGAGGGUGGGAUCCUAGUGUUUGUCAGCGGUCAACAAGAAGUUCGGCAUCUAGUGAAGAAGCUCAUCGAUAGAUAUACGAUACAGUAUGACUCUAGCAAAGACGGCCACAUAUAUGUACGAGGUAGUAAGAAGUGGAAAAAGAAACAACUGGAAGAGGCACAGAAUUUGAAACUCGAGGACUUUAGUGAAGAUCGCACUCAAGCUUUUGAUGGUGAAGAUCUGCACGAAACUGGUGCUUGUGAUACGUUAUGGGACGAUUACGAGGAGGAGGAAGGCGGUCAAGAAGAUUCGAUGGACCUUCCGAUGCCGGCUCCUCCUGCGUCUUGUAAACCUCUUUAUUGUUUACCGUUGUACUCCUUGUUAUCCUCAGAAAAACAACGAAUGUGUGUUAUCGCAACGAAUGUUGCUGAAACAUCGUUAACUAUUCCUGGCGUGAAAUAUGUGGUGGACUGCGGGUUCGAGAAACGUAGCGCAUCUGCUGAUCAGCGAGCUGGAAGAUCAGGUCGUAUUGCUGCCGGUCACGCCUACAGGCUCUAUUCUUCGGCAGUUUUCCAAACUUUCGAGAAAUUCUCUCGUCCGGAGAUCCUCGACAAGCCGGCGGAUCAACUUGUAUUGCACCUGAAAUCGAUGAACAUUGUUAAGGUUAUCAAUUUUCCCUUUCCGUCACCACCGAAUUCCGACACAUUGGAGGCGGCCGAAGAGAGACUAGUCAAACUGGGUGCUUUGGCGAAAACCACAAAAGAUGGGAAGACGGAGGCGCGAAUAACUUCAUUAGGCAGGACGCUGUCAGUGUUUCCGUUGGCACCUGCUUACGCGAAAGUCAUAGCAAUGGCAAAUCAGCACGAUCUUAUGCCCUACGCAAUAUUGCUCAUUGCUGCGCUUUCAGUACGUGAGCCUCUAGUACCGGUUUCGUCAAUAAGAGGACAGACUGACGAGGAAACAAAAGAAAAAAUGACGGAAGUGCUGAAGCUGCGAAGAGGAUGGUGUGGGAAGGGCCCUGGCCGUCGGUUAGGUGAUCUCCUCGUUCUAAUGAGAGCAAUCAUCUGUUGUGAAGAUGAGAAGGUUGGCUUUUUCGUGGUAAACUUG